AUCCUGGCAAAGGGAUUUUUCAGGAAAUAUAACAGUGACAUUCUUAGGUGUCCAUUCUGCUCUAGGGAGGAUGAAUCUCCUCACUUUGAUCACCUGGAAGAAGGAUGGAACCACAGUAACCUUACCCACCGGUGCUUUCUCACUGCUGGCCUGGGGCAGCACAAAACUCUCACAGGAAUUACUCUGUAACACCUCUUCAAUGAAGUUUGGAUCUGAAAUGGAAGUACAGAGAGAAUAAAUGGGUUUUUUUCUGUAAAUUUAUUACCUAGGCUGCAGAUUAUGCACAAGUCCAGACCCUUGAAGAUUCUGUGAGCAUUAGUGGGUGUCCUUAGGGAGAAGAGCUUAGUUGGAAACUGGUAUUCCUUGUACAGUGCUGUGUGCUGAGGGACCUUCCAAUUGACUGAUGCAAAGCUGUUGUGAUCAAAUAAAUCCAAGGAGUCCUUUUGUUAGAUAACUGUCUUAAAGGAGCUUCACUUUUAUUUUUUUUUUAGGAGAGACUAGUCUGUGAAGAACUACAUCUAAUUCCUUGCUUGUGUUAAUAGUGAUUUGCUUUUCAAGACAUGGGGGUGUAUCCUCUGAAAUACCAAUACUACUUUAAGGGUAGAUGCUGUGUGACUCAACACAACUUUUGUUUAUAAAGAUAUUAUCUGUUAAAAAGAGCUUUGGCAGUUCGAGGACUGGUAUUUAAAUACAAGCAACGGUUGAAUUGUCUUUAUUGCUGGGGAUGACAUAAAAACAUGCCUUUCAUCUCUCAUUACUUUCACAUAAGCAGAUCUUUAGUCUAAGUGGACUCUUCAGGCUGGCUUUCAGAUAAACCUCCCCACCCUGAUGCUGGGCUGAAGUGUGUGAGUCACUACAGGCUGGAGACAGAUGUGGGCUUUUUAGUCUGCAGAAAUGUUAUUUUUGAGACGAGAAUGAUGCUUAAAUGUAUUUUAGCAGCAGAUUAGUUACUCAGCAGAAUGCAAAGCGUGCUAGUUUGUUAACCCCUGCUUGUUAUGCAAAAUGUGUGCGUGCCCAGUACCAGCUCCAGCAGAAUAAAUGCUCUUGGGAGAAAGUGGGCUUGAACUGGACCAUGUAACACUGAGAUCUGUGGGAACUGAGCAAAUAAAACCAUGGUCAUGGCACGAUAGCAGAGUUAACUGCCUUCCUGCAAGCCCAGGCCCAUGCUGUGGAACAUGAGCUUUGUUCCUGGUGAAGGCAUUAUGCUGCUGGAGGUGUUCCUGCUCCUGGGAACACUCCUCAUCUACUUCUUCUUUUCCAAGAAGAAUGAAGAGACACUGCCCUUCAAAGAUGGGUGGUGGGGCAGGGGACAAAAGCCUGAGACCAAAGAAGACUCCAGUGUUAGACCAUUUAAGGUGGAGACUGCAGAGGAAGAGCUGAGUGAUUUGUUUAGGAGACUGGACCAGGCUCGAUUCACUGAACCACUGGAGAACAGCUGCUUCCAUUAUGGAACCAACUCAGUGCACCUCAGGAAGGUGGUGUCCUACUGGAAAAACCAGUUCAAUUGGAAGAAACAAGUUGAAGUCCUCAACAAGUACCCACAAUUCAAAACAAAGAUUCAAGGCAUUGAUAUCCAUUUUGUUCAUGUAAAGCCUCCUCGUUUGCCUGAAGGCCAGGCUGCAAAGCCACUAUUGAUGGUUCAUGGUUGGCCUGGCUCAUUCUAUGAGUUUUACAAAAUCAUCCCCCUGCUGACGGAUCCUGCAAGCCACGGCCUCGGGGAUGAGCACAUCUUUGAAGUCAUUUGCCCAUCUAUCCCUGGUUAUGGCUUCUCAGAAGCACCCCACAAGCAAGACUUCAAUUCCGUGAGUGCUGCUUCUGUUUUUUAUGAAUUGAUGCUCAGACUGGGAUUCAAUGAGUUCUACACCCAGGGUGGUGAUGCUGGCUGUGUCAUCUGCACCAACCUGGCCCAGAUAGCUCCCAGCCACGUGAAAGGUCUCCAUUUAAACAUGGUCUUGGUUUCGAAGCUGGGGCUCUCUCACCUGCUCUCCAUCCUGCUGGGCCGGUACUUCCCGGGGCUCUUUGGAUUCCAGGAUGAAGAUGUCAGGAGGAUGUUCCCCUUCUUGAAGAAAUGGCUCUACAAGAUCUUGUCUGAGUCUGGCUAUGCUCACAUACAGGCUACAAAACCAGAUACUGUUGGCUGUGGUUUGAAUGACUCUCCUGUGGGACUGGCUGCAUACAUCUUGGAGAAGUUUUCCUCGUGGACUGAUAUGGAAUUCCGGAACCUAGAGGAUGGAGGGCUAGAGAGGAAGUUCAGCCUGGAUGACCUGCUCACCAACAUCAUGAUCUACUGGGUGUCAGGCUGCAUUGUCUCCUCCAUGCGUUUCUACAAGGAAAACCUGCAGAAGGGGAUAGGCACACAGAAACAUGAAAAACUCACAGUACAGGUACCCACUGGCAUUGCUGCCUUCCCUAAUGAAAUCCUGCACAUACCCCAGGCUUGGGCCAAGAAGAAAUACACCAACAUUGUCUCCUUCCACUUCAUGCCUCGGGGUGGCCACUUCGCAGCUUUGGAGGAACCUGAACUUCUUGCCAAAGAUAUUCUGCAGUUUGUGGACAAAGUAGAGAAAGAGCAACUCUGGAAAAAGAAAGGGGAAUAACUUUCCUAAGAAACAGGAGGGUAAUUACUUUUAGCUUAGCACAUGUACAGGGCUCACUUAGUCUGCUGUAAUCCAUGUAAUUAGAUUUUAUUGUUGACAAGAUGUGAGCAAGGACAGAAAGAAAAAUACAGUGUAUACUGCCAUGGGGACCAACAGAUUUUGGGCUGGUUUUUUUUGUUCAGCUAGGCUAAGAAAGUAGCAUGAAGAGUGCUUGAGUAUCUUCUGAAACAUGUUCUGUAGUAUUUUUGACUCUUGCUUUGAGAUUGAAAAAUAGACCUCACAACUACCAGUGUACCUAGUAACACUAAAAUUGUUAUGAAAGGCUUUUUUUUUUUCAUGGCAGCAGUAAAAUUUGAGUUGCUGUGAGUAUGAAGUUCCUCACAUAAAGAGCAGGGAGCAGCCUGGCAGGACCUAACUUGCAUGAGUGCAUUAAUCAAUCAAUCAGCAUUGAUGAGCUUACAGUAUCUUUAAACUGCCUUCUGCUGGCUGCCUUUCCCUUCCAGCCUGGGCUGUGAAGGAGCUGGACUGCCCUGUGCCAGGCUCCUGGGAGAUGUGAGGAGCUGCUGAAAGACACAGGUGCCUGUAGCUCAGCCCAGGAGUUGGGGCUGGGUAGGAGUAAUUGCAGCCCCAGCUACUUCUGCACUGAAUUUGUACUCUUAAAUCAUAGCCCUAGGUAGGGCCAACACACUGUGGCUUUGCACUGUUUUAGCAGGGUGUUGUAAAUACCUCUUGCUAAAGGAUAAAAAUAUUGUUAAUUCGAAAUUAAAAGUGAAUUCAAUUUAUGAAUAAUUUAU